CUUUCCACUCCUCGUCGCAGCCUAAUCGUGUCGCUGCUUCCCGGUGUGCGUAGCUUUCCAUGUCGGCUGCCUGGGAGGCAGAAUGUGGUCCUUCUUCGCACGGGAUCCCGUUAAAGAUUUCCAAUAUGAAGUCUUACCGGAUUGCCAGGAGACGGCCGGAAUAUGGAAACUUCAUCGUGGAAAGCGGAAGACUACAGGUGAUCCUGUUUCUGUGUUUGUAUACGACGUGAAGCCAGGAUCAGAUGAACACACUCAGUUAGCUAAAGCAGCUUUCAAGAGGUUAAAAACACUUCGUCACCCUAACAUCUUGUCCUAUGUUGAUGGGCUGGAGACUGACAAGUGCCUGUACAUAGUAACUGAGCCUGUAACACCUCUGAGUGCUCACUUAAAAGAGAAGAAAGAUUCCGGAGGAUUGAGUGAAUUGGAGAUCUCCUGGGGACUCCACCAGAUUGUGAAAGCCUUAAGUUUUCUGGUGAAUGACUGUCAUCUGAUUCAUAACAAUGUGGGUAUUUGGGCUAUAUUUGUGGAUCGAGCUGGAGAAUGGAAGUUGGGUGGACUUGACUACAUGUUUUCUGCACAAGGCGAGUCUGCACCUCCCAUACGUUUUGGUGGCUCAGAAAUGGAAAAGUAUGACCCCCCAGAGAAGUCUGAAAGCAACAGGAACUCGGGAGAAAAAUGGUCAGCUGAUGUAUGGCGCCUGGGAUGCUUAAUUUGGGAAGUGUUUAAUGGACCCUUGCCUCGCUCGUCCUCUUUGAGAACACUUGGCAAGGUCCCUAAAAGCCUUGUUCCUCAUUACUGUGAGCUGGUAGGGGCCAACCCAAAAAUUCGGCCUAACCCAUCACGUUUCCUGAUGAACUGUCGGGCACCAGGUGGCUACAUGAGCAACAGCUUUGUGGAGACAAAUCUCUUCCUAGAAGAAAUACAGAUUAAAGACCCAACAGAAAAGCAACAGUUUUUCCAGCAACUGAGUGAACAUCUUGACACUUUUCCUGAGGAAUUUUGUCGACACAAAGUCCUUCCACAGCUGUUGACAGCUUUUGAGUUUGGCAAUGCAGGAGCAGUAAUUCUUACUCCACUUUUCAAGGUGGGCAAGUUUCUUAGUGCAGAGGAAUACCAACAGAAAAUUAUUCCUGUUAUUGUCAAGAUGUUCUCCUCAACUGAUCGAGCAAUGAGGAUCCGGCUGCUACAACAGAUGGAACAGUUCAUCCAGUAUCUGAAUGAGCCAGCUGUGAACUCACAGAUUUUCCCUCAUGUUGUGCAUGGUUUCAUGGACACAAACCCAGCUAUUCGAGAGCAAACUGUCAAGUCAAUGCUCCUGCUUGCACCAAAGUUGAAUGAACACAACUUAAAUGUGGAGCUUAUGAAACACUUUGCAAGACUUCAGGCCAAGGAUGAACAAGGUCCAAUUCGUUGCAAUACAACUGUGUGCCUAGGAAAGAUCGCCUCCUACCUUACUGCAGGGACUAGGCAGCGGGUGCUCACUUCCGCAUUUACUCGUGCCACUAAAGACCCCUUCUCCGCCUCUCGAGCUGCAGGAGUUCUUGGAUUUGCUGCAACACACAACUACUACUCUAUGAAUGAUUGUGCAUUUAGGAUAUUGCCAGUGCUAAGCACGCUGACUGUGGAUCCAGACAGAAGUGUCCGAGAUCAGGCUUUUAAGGCAAUCAAAAGCUUUUUAACUAAGCUGGAGACUGUUUCUGAAGAUCCAAGCAAAUUGCCAGAAAUUGAAAAGGAUGUUCUUUCAUCCACCACAAGUCCUGGUGCUGCAGCGUCUGCUGCCAGCUGGGCUGGCUGGGCUGUCACAGGUGUCUCCUCUUUAACUUCCAAACUGAUCCGUACUACGCCAGGAAGUGCAGAUGGACUACCUCCACAACCAGGACAGACAAACAUGCCUCAGCCAGGAGAGAAUACCGUUUCUCCAGAGGCUUCUUCAGAGGAUGUAACUUCACCAUCUCCUGCUCCUUUAGUACUCUCCAAGCAGCAGGUAGCAGAACCAGAAGAAGAGGAGCAAGUGACUGACACCUGGGAGGAUGAAGACUGGGGUAGUCUUGAGGAACCUGAUCAGGCAAAAGUACAAAAGGAGCAUGAUGAUUGGAACUCCUCUGACUGGUCAACAGUGCAGACAAAUACUAAAACAAGUAAUAACAAAACAUCAAACAGGACAUCCUCAUCUGCUAAAAAGCAAGUCAAUAACUGGAAUAGUUCUGGAUGGGGUGCUGGUGAUACCUGGUCUGUGGAAAAGGAAUCUUAUACUCAAGCACAAAGUCCUCAGACAGAUGACAGCUGGGGCAAUGACUGGGAAGAUGAUUUCAGCCCUAAAAGAACUUCUUCAAAUGUAAAAUCAACGACAGCUGUUAGUGAUACCCCACAGGGUCUAAAACUAGCCAGUGAAUACAACUGGGAUGCAGGUGGUGGAAAGAAUUCUGAAGAUGACUUCUUCUCAGGAGUUUCCCAGAGAUCUACUUCUACUGUAAUAAAGAAUGACGAGUCAUGGGGUGCAGACACGGGAGGUGACUGGGGUACAGAUGAAAACUGGGAAUCUUUAGAAGCUGAUCAGGGUUUGAGCAAAGCAGACCUGGCUAAGAAGAAACGAGAUGAAAGAAGGAAAGAGCUAGAAGCCAAAAGAGCCGAGAAAAAAGCUGCCAAAGGACCCUUGAAACUGGGCGCUCGCAAACUGGAUUAACAAAUCUAGACCCAUGUGUAACCAGUUCAGUAUCCAGUCCGGGCUGAUUCCAUGCAUUUGCCUCUAUAUUCUGAUCUCCUGUACAUUCCAAGACCCUUCCAUUGCUCGUUUUAUUCAUUGCAACAAAAAAUGUGAGAGACUUGGAUCCUUCACCAUCACAAAAACAAAAAUAGAGGGGAGUUUUCCUUUUGAAAUGCAUAUUGCAGAGACAUUGUCUGAUAAGCACCUUAAUAACUGAAGGAAAGCCCAGUGUAGCAUUAUUGGACCGUAGCAUUAUGGUAUAUGUCAUGUUGUAUACUACAGUUUUGCAUAAAUUGUAUAUCUAGUGGUGGUUUUACUCUUACUGCUGUUGCAAAAAAGGGAUUUGAGUCAGCUUUAUUUAUGUAAAACAUGCAGAGGAAAAUUUUCAGAAGUAAGGUGUAACAAUAUGAACUUGGACCAUGUCACUGCUGAAGGACGGUAAUUUACAUUUACUGACACUUCCUCUUAUUUUAAGCCUCUGUUGCUUUUAUGAAGCUGUCUCAUUAAAAUAUUUUCAUUAAGGCUGAAACAAAUGCCAAGGUUCAUUUUUAAACAACGCUGCACUGUGGUUUUCUUGCAUUUAGCAAAUACAACCCUCACUGAGGAGCCACAUGACAAUGAAGAAACUGGCGAAGUACGAAUGUUGACACUUUCAGUUCUUUAAACAAAAUGACCUUUUCUCUGUUCUUGUCACUGUUUUCUAUUGUGGUGUUUCCGAAGAUAUUCACUGCUCAUGGUAGAGAGAUUAAGGAAACUGAUUAUCAUCAAUGACAAAUCCAAAAUAUGCUGCUGUUUUUUUUCCCCUUGUUAAUAGCACAAAGCUAUAUAUUUUAAUUGUUUUGGUUUAAGCCUUAAGUUUAUUUUAAUGUGCUUUAAAUGAAUACUUUGUAUUCAGAGUUAAAUUAAAAAGGUACCUACUUGCUGUAACUGAAAAAUGAA